UUAUGUAAGUAGUCCAUAUAGCAAAAGCCCAAUAUCCAGAACUCAGAUGUCAAAACUAAACAGCCCAUUGUCAGUUUCAGAGGGAAACAAACUUUUUUUUUUAUUUUAAUUUUUAUUUUGCAACAGAUUAAACAUCAAAGCUGAAGAACAAUUAGGGUUUUGUAACCGCUCACAACGAUGAAGACGAAGAAGAAGAAAAUCAAAGCUUCAUCUUCACAAUCUCAUCAUACCGAUUCAGAACCAUCGGAUCUUAAACUCCACACGGCGGCCGUUAAAAUCGCCGUCGCACAGAUCUGUAAAUCCGUCGGAUACAAAGCCGCUCAAACGUCAGCACUCGAAACCCUAACGGCCGUCACCGUUAACUACCUUAUGUCACUAGCGAAGUCCGCCGCUACCUUCGCUAGUUCCACCGGCCGUACAGAGUGUAACCUCUAUGACGUCAUCCGUGCACUUGAAGACCUCCAUGCUGACAUCGGAUUCACCGGAAACUCAGAUCUGAAAAAACGGUUAUGUUUACUCUCCGAUUCAUCGAUUCUUCGUGACAUGAUGAAAUUCGUGUAUUUGAGUCGCGAAAUUCCGUUUGCAAAACCGUUGCCUCGCCGCCGGUAUACAGUCCCGGCGAAUUCGCCGUAUUUUGGUGCCGAGAGUGUGAAAUGGAAGCAUAUUCCGAGAUGGCUGCCGGAGUUUCCUAAAGUUGUUGACGGUGGAGGAACAACAGUUGCUCCGGCAGCUAGUGGAGAUGAAACUGGAUGUGAGAAGAAGUUUGUUACGAAGGAAUUUGAUCGGAAAGUUGAUAAGUUGCCGGAGAAAAGGAAGAAGGUGAGUUUUAGAAUCGGUUGUGGUGGCAGAAGGGUAAUUAAGAUGAAAUCUGGGGGUGAUUUGAGAAGUGGGAUGUGUAAAAGGGGGAAAAGAGUUUUAUGUGAAAUUUAUGAAGAUACUGAUGAUGAAAAGAUUGUAAAUGAUAGUUGUAGUGGUAAUGAUGAAGUUAAAGUUAUACAAUAUACGAGGAGGAAGAAGAAGAAGAAAUUACAAGAAUGAAUACUUUUGAGUUAUUAUUUGAGAAAUUCAUGGGAUUUGAGGUUUUGGGUUUUGAAUGUGUUGUUAAACGUGUUAAAUACUUUUGAGUUAUGUUUGAAGACCGUAUAACAGUCAUGGAUGAAUGGUUUUUAAGAAGUUUGUGUAGGGUUGGGAGUCUUAGAGGUCUCGCGUUCAAUCCCGGUUGUGACAUGCAAUUCCAUGUAUUUUUUUAUAGUUUACAUUAUUUAAGGAUAUUAAUAAAAAAAUAUUAUGUC